AUGAAUGUCUUCAGUGCAAUCCAUUCCUCCACCUCUAACCUGAUCUCGAAGACAGGAAAUGCGGGAGCAAAUGGCACACGGCCGCCUCAACUGUUGUACUUUUGCAUAUUCGACCCAUCUCUGGGUGACCCCAGCAGGGAAGAUGAUCAACAACUGACAAACCAGAUUCUCGUAUAUCUCAACUUCGAGGAUCGGGAAGUCCGUGACACCGAGAAAGCUAAACGAAUUGGAUUUAUUCAAGGACUUGGUGCAUUUGCCGGCCGUUUCCACAGUUCUGGCGGCGGUCUUUUGAAUUACAUUGACACAGAUAAAUCUAGAGUGGUCACAGGGAUCUUUGAGGAAAAAUACCAUUUCUUCUGUGGACUCAAAUUCGCCAAAGUUGGGGAGUCGUAUGUGCGACGAGGCGUCGCACCGCCAACGUACUUAUUGAAUGAGUUUCAGUAUGGCUACAAUCUUUACCGUAUAAACUAUGGACCCAUAGAUCGGAACGCAAAAACACGACUAGAAGAUUGGUGGCGGAUCUGGCUGACGCAGAAAUUCGAGUAUCCGUCAGGCUUUGGUCUGACUGGCCGAGGAGUGCUGAACUUGCUUUCGGGAUAUCGACGUUCGUCCGUGGAGCUGCCGCUUGGGUUCAGGGCUAACCUUAAAAAUGGUUUGAAGCAGUUUAGCUCAAAAAACGGCUCGCUGGUCGACUUGUUGGUUAUCAACACGAACUGGACACCAACAAAGAACUUCGGCGUGAUAUACUUGAACGACGAAUCACCGAUACCCAGAGAGUGGCUGAUAAACUUGGUGAACCACUUCGAGAGACUCGAUCUUUCUACAGGCCUCUCUACGUACUCGCUAAGACUCAGCAACAUUCCGUCGCUAAAAGCGUACUAUGCUGCUAUUCAGGCCUCGUCAGAAGAAAACCGAACGCUGCUCGAUAGGUCGAUUCUACAGCCUGCUAUUUAUAUUCACGAGCAGUUGACUACACGCGUAUUCAAUCCUUUCACCUCCGCGAUCAACACUGUUGCUUCGGUCCCCCAGCUUGUGUCGUCCAUUGGCUUGUUCGGACUGGGUUCGUCCUCCAACGAGGAGCCUGAAGUUAUGGAUGAAGCGGUUGUGGAAGCCCCGCCAUCGCAAGAAUCGCUGGGCACGGAGCUCACAGGAAAAUACCUACUAGGUGAGACAAGCGAUGGUAGGAUCACGAAGACGGUUCAUCUGGGAGACUUUAUCUUGGAGAUGGUUGUGUACGAAAUCAACGGGAUACUGUUCACCUUGCUGUUCAGAGAGAUUGGCCAGGAGCCUGAUUUUUUUGCUACUCUCCAAUCGCAGCUAGACGAGAUUUACUCCUGCUAUUUUAAUGAUGUGGUCGCUACGCAACUGAGAUCCAUGGAAAAAGACUUGAAAGAAAAUUCAGAUUUCUUCUAUCUAGUAUACAAUCCGCUCAGCAAAGAGAUCAAGACUUCUCUGCCGAAUAUCCCCGACUCGGAUGAUAUCAGAGAAGUCAAAACUUCUGUGCUACCGUCCGAGGGAAUAAGCAGGACGCAGAUAAUCAAUCUCACCUUGAGCCUCAUGACUCACAUCCUGGAGAACCACGAGUUCCUGGGUCUGGAACCAGACGAGAAGGUUGUCAAAAUCAACAGAAACUGGUGGUGUCUGCAUAAGAUGAUCGACGGUAAAAGUGUGAUCGCUCUUAAGAAAUUUUCUCCUAGUGAGUUCAAUUUGGAGGCCGACAAUUUGGUUGCCUCUUUUGGAGCGGAGUUCUGCAAAUGGUACAAUGAGUCUAUCGAAAGCGGAUUUAUCUAG